UUAAUUGCCUGUCAAAUUGCCCCGUAAUCGAUUCAAUAAGGGCUUAAUCGAGUACACAAUUUUAUUUUCACAAUUAUCUUAAUUAUUCAUUAAUUAGCAACAAAAUAAUCAUACUGUUUAAUAUUUGCUUAUGAAUUUGUUAAUAAUGAAGACAAAAUUGCUUAAAAAAUUACUUUUAGCAUAUUGUGUGCAUGUUGAACAUUUUGAGUCAGUACAAUCUAAUUAUGAUAGUGUAAUAACACUAUAUAGGAGAAGAAAAAGACGAAACUUGAUGAUUUUACAACAUUUAAGAAAAAAACAACUUUUGUGCCUUGAAAUAUUACAGCAAACGGCAUCCCAAAGAGCUUUGUGGAAAUUGAAACGGCGAUCUGAAUUUUGGGAAAUAAAUUGUAAUCGUAAUAAUGACCAAUUUUUUAAGGAACAUUUCCGAAUGUCCCGUGCUAGUUUUGAUUUACUAUGUGGAUUGCUUAACAACAUGAAAAGAGCAGACACAAAUUGGCGUAAAGCGGUAGCAUUACCAAAACGUAUUGCUAUUGCGUUGUUUACCCUGGGUUCUUCCGUAAAGUACAGAGCAAUUUCUGAAAUAUUCGGUGUUGGGAUAUCAACUGUGUGCGCAAUUGUAUUUGAGUUCUGUGAGGAAGUGUGGAAAACUAUGUCAUCAUACAUUAAUAAAUUACCUCCGAAAAAAGAAGAUAUAGCUGGAUAUAUUUCUGGAUUUUGCAAACUUGGUUAUCCUCAGUGCAUAGGUGUAAUUGGUGGGAAAUAUACAAAUUUGCCUCCUAUCAAUGUAAGUUUGUUGAUAUGCUUUUAAUGUUAUUGUUAUUCUAGACGGGUGCCAUAUAAAAGUGAGGCCGAAUGAAACUAUAGCUAAGGAAUACCUAAAUAACAGAGGCUGGUACUCCAUUAUUCUUCUAGCGUUAGUAGAUUACAGAUGCCGCUUCCUAUAUGUUAACAUUGGUGCUCCAGGGCUAUGCAAUUACGCACAAACUUACAACGCAUCGGCACUACGACUUUUGUUAAAUAAUAAUGAUUUAUUAACAGGAUAUAAAAAGGAAAUAGAUGGAGUGCAAAUACCAGUGCAUAUUAUAGGUGACUCAACGUUUGAGUUUUCCAAGUCUUUAAUGACACCCUACCCAAAUGACAUUUCUUUAACCGAGAGUCAAAAACAAUUUAAUAAUAAGCUAUUGGCAUGCAAAGGAAUAGUAAAUAACGCUUUUCGUCAUGUAAAAGCACGUUUCCGACGUAUAGGAGUCGGUAUAGACAAUAGAAAAGGGAAUGCUCCACUUAUUAUUCGAGCCACCUGUAUUUUACAUAACUUUCUCAACGAAAUAAAUGAUGACAUGGACGAGAAAUGGUUAGAAAUACAGCAAAUGGAUACAAAUCGCCAGAAUCCUACAAAUACUGUCGUUUAUUGUGAUGACGAACCGUCGGUCGAAAAGAUAAGACAUACGCUGUGUCAUUAUUUCAGUGAAAGAUAACGAGUAUUAAUUUAUGCCACGAAUUGGAAAAUUAAAUAAAUUGGUUAUGUACAUACAUUUAUACAUGCUACAAUCGUAAUAAUAAUUAACAUAUGCAACUAAAUAAAAAACAUCUUAACACCAGCUCAAUCCCAUAUAACGCAUUAAAUUUUACAUAGAGGAUGGUACAAGAGGGGUUUAUAGGAGCUGGUGUCAAGAUUGGACGAUGGGCAUGGCACCUUCCAUCUUUAGGUGAAAUCACAUACCUAUCUUCGGAUCUACUUGGUCAAAUUCAACCAAACUGGGGUCAUCAUGUAUAUGGAGCACUAUUUUAAUUGAUUUAUCAUGAGUAGUAAUGAACGUAAGGAACAAGAAAGUAAACCCCCGACUUCCUUGGAAGCACCGAAGUCGACUAACUUGAAGCAAACAAAAGAUGUUGAAAGUAAAACAGACACCAAAUAUGAUAGGUCCGCUUCCAGAGACACGCCGACCAAAACACUCCCCUCGAAUUCGGAUUCGUUGGAAAUCACUAGUUCAGGACAGGCGAAGCCAGUUUCUAUUCUUGAUGAUGGUGCCACAGAUUCAGUGAGUUCGAGUACGUUGGCUUCAAAAGCAGCACUGAAGCCGAGGGAACCGAUAAGAGUUGGUUUUUAUGAUAUUGAGAGAACGAUUGGCAAAGGAAAUUUUGCCGUUGUCAAACUUGCACGGCACAGAAUAACUAAAAACGAGGUCGCUAUAAAAAUAAUUGACAAGAGCCAGUUGGAUUCAAUAAACUUGCAAAAGGUCUACCGUGAAGUUGAAAUAAUGAAACGAUUAAAUCAUCCACACAUCAUCAAACUCUACCAGGUGAUGGAAACGAAAAAUAUGAUUUACAUAGUAUCUGAAUACGCUAGUCAAGGGGAAAUAUUUGAUUACAUAGCAAAAUUUGGAAGGAUGUCUGAGGGCUCUGCAAGAAGUAAAUUUUGGCAGAUUUUGUCAGCGGUAGAAUAUUGUCAUAUGAAAAAUAUUGUACAUAGAGAUUUAAAGGCUGAAAACCUUCUACUUGAUAUUAAUAUGAAUAUAAAAAUCGCAGAUUUUGGGUUUUCGAACCACUUUAAGGUUGGUGAAUUGCUAGCAACAUGGUGUGGAUCACCUCCUUACGCUGCACCUGAAGUUUUUGAAGGAAAACAGUAUACCGGUCCGGAAAUUGACAUAUGGUCACUAGGUGUGGUACUAUAUGUUCUUGUCUGUGGGGCGCUCCCGUUCGAUGGAUCUACAUUACAGAGUCUAAGGGACCGAGUACUGUCAGGACGAUUUAGGAUCCCGUUCUUCAUGUCUUCAGAUUGUGAGCAUUUGAUUCGAAGAAUGCUUGUUCUUGAUCCAUCGCGACGAUACACAAUCAAUCAAAUUAAAAGUCACCGUUGGGUUUGCGGAGAAGCUCGUGAUACUGUUGCUAUAUCACAAUGUAACGUUAAUAUGGAUGGAACUUCAAGCAUUGAACCAAAUGAGGACAUACUACGGAUAAUGUCGGAAUUCGCUGGAAUACCACCAGAAAAAACUAAAGCAAGUUUGAAAAAGAACAGUUAUGACCAUGUUGCGGCGAUAUAUUUAUUGCUUCAAGACCGAGUUAAUAGUAAGAAAAAUAUGCAAGAAUAUUCCAAACGUUUAAGUGAUAAUACACUGCCACACAUUUCAUCAAUGGGAUAUCAUGGAUCUUCUAAAGUACUACAUAAAAUUAGACCUUCGAUCGAUAAACAACGAGUCAAGCAAACGUAUACUACAGUAAAAGAACAGACAAUAUCACCACUGCCAAACGUAGACGAAGUAAAAUUUGGUAGUUUUCCAACGAAAUUUUCCCAGAAAAUCGUUGCAAAUUGUGAUAAUACCCAAAUCCAUGAACAUAAUAAAAUUUGUGGUCCCACGUCUAUUAAAAACUAUGACCAUAAAGAUGCCCAAAUAAGCCAGUCAUUAGCAAAAGGAAGACCGAUACCUAUUAAGAUUUCUCGUUUAAGUCGAGCCAAUAUAAGUUCAAGCCAGCACCCAAUAGCAUCGCCAUAUAGUACAGACAAUAAAUUAUCGACUGUUAGUGAAAAAUGUCGCCAAGAGAAUCUAUUAUCAAAUGAACAUAUAAAUGGUUUAUUGGCUACGCCAAACAUCAUUAAUGAGAGCUCGUCUCACCCGCUCCAGCAAAACUUAAGAGAGUGUAUAAUUAAGCAAAGCUCAGAGGAUUGCCGUCUACUAUUACAACAAGCAACUGCCAUUUCACAAUCUAAGACACAUGCUAAUAGCGAAACAGAAAUCGAAUGCGAUGUUCAUAUUGAACUUAAGAACGUAAAAGAUGUAAAAAAAAUGUCAAGCUCAACUAGUUUCGAUUCUUCUUCUAGCGGGCAAAAAGCUAAGGCGAAUUUUCAUUUCAAAAUGUCGGCAGAAGCAGCUAAACUUUUCCAAACAUUACAAGAAAGUCCACUUCCCAUAGAAAAACUGGAAACUACAGAGCCUGCAUCUAGUAAAUCAAAUUCAGCCAUAAACAGAAGUGUUCCCACAAGUGUGUCCAAAGCUCACAACGGUUGCACCUCAAAAUCUUCUCAGACUGAUUCCAAAUGCAGGAAAUUUUGUAACGAAAAAUGUGCAUCUCGACUGAAGUCAACGAAAAUAACCACCCAGUGCAGCACUAGUACUGACGAGGGUUGUGAAACAGACCACACAAAUGAAAUGAGAGAUUGUUCGCAAUCGACGUGCGAUCUAACUCAGCGCAUGCAGUCUUAUGCUAGCAGCAGUUCAUCGAGCGGCGUAUUAGCCAGUUAUUCUAAAAGCCUGAGCCAAAACCUUAGCCGGGGAUCAUCAAACAGCAACUGCUCGGUAUUGGAAGGUAUAGAUCUUAACAUGGUACCUAGUAUUGAUCUAGCAAGCAGCUUGCCAUCAUGCGCUAGCAACACCACCUUAGCUACCGCAUCAGAUCGAAUGUCGGAUCGUUCCAUCUAUAAUAGUAAUAAUUCGUGUUUUCAAAUACCCGUCUCAAGUAACUCUUCGACGCUGUGUGCUAAGCUGCCCAUUAAUUGUGUUGAUAAAAGGUCUCCAAUACAUUUUAGGGAAGGUCGAAGGGCAAGUGAUGGUCUUGUUGCUCAAGGGUUUGUGAAUUCAAUGACAAUUUUAAAUUCUGGCGUUGGUUAUGGUAGUUACCGUUAUGAUACCCGGAAGCAAGAUUGCUGGCUGGAAUUACAACAACUACAAAAGGAAGUUGUAUCACUUAAAUCUAAAUAUCGUAGCAAUAAAGUACCUCUAGACGACGGCGGCAAUUAUCAAUUUCACAGUAGUCAAUUUUACUCAAUUCCAAAUAGACUGUCACUUGAUUUGCAUCAUCAGUUCGUACAAUCUCCGCACACUCCGAGAACGCCACUUCUAGUACGUCCACAACAUAGUUUCGAACCUAUAGAUUUUCCCGCGCCAUUCAUAAAUAAUGUACGCUUCGACGCAAGUAAUCUGCCUAUGACUUCGCCCGCUCGUGCUGAUAUGACGCUCCUUUGCAACAUGAAUCCAUUAGUUAUACAGCGACAGCCACUUCAACAACAGUUGCUACAACACAGACUAUUGCUACAAAAACGACAACUAUUGCAAAAACAAUUCGCCUUGGAGUCUCACAUUUCACGACAACAGCUUAUGAUGCGCGAACAAUCUUUUAAAGCAGGUCCACCACAACAAGUUGUUGGUCAAGGCUUAAUUGCAACUAGUUUUGAGUCUGCAGAAUCAUGCCCACCUAGCGAUCUUUUCAUAAAUGGUUUGAACGUGUUUGAACGGGGUUCGUCAAAGUUCCAACAGUCAUCAAUAAUCCCACUGCCUUAUGGCCCAACGAUUAAUAACUACAUGAAGACGUCUUAUAUAAAACAGCAAUCCCAAGACCUUUCUAUGCUCACGAUGCCUACUAAAUAUACACCUCCGUUGAGUAGACACGCAUCAGAGACUUGGAGCUCACUUCCAACAACUGUGAACAGUAGUCAAUUGAAAAAACCAAGUAAAUUAAUUGAAAACGGCGGACGCUUAGCGCCACAGUUUCAUGCAAAUACAAACGUUUACACAUCGAACUGGCAAACCAUCAUAAGGCCCCUCAGUGAAAGCCCAAUUCUGGAAUUAGCUGAACAUUUGGAGUCUGUAUGAUCUUUACAUACUUAAACAAUUUACGUAGUUAAUUCGUAUCGAAAACAAGAACAAUAAAAUAAUAUCAAUUACAUAAUUGCAUUUACACUUUAA